AUGACUUAUAUGAAUCAACAUCACAGUGCUAUAUCAACUGUUCAGUUGAGUCCAUUUGGUGAAGAUCAAUGGAAUCGUAUAGUAACAUAUUCACCAAUUUAUGUACAUUGGACGGAUAUGAUUAUGAUGACUCAGCAACGACGAACGCACAAGCCUGUACCGGGAAAAUUAAAUGUAAUUGAUCCUAUUGAUAUGAAUACUCUUAAAUUAGAAGAUGAACUACUACUGAAUGAAAUUCAAGAUAUUAGAAAAGCAGCUUCUGACUCAUCGAAAGGAAAACAGACAAAUCAAGAAUCAAAAGUUGUGAAUGAUAUACCAGAUCAUCGAGAAACGUUAUGUGCGGGAGAUGAUUAUCAAGCUUCAUCAAAUUUCUCUCAUGAAUUAAAAGAACCUUCCAAACACUAUUGUAGCUAUGCAGAGCCAUUAUUUACAGAUCAACACUGUAAAAACAAACGCCCUAUUCUAACAAAUCUGACUGUUCCUAUUCCAACUAAUGUUGAUAAUCAAGCAAAAAAAACAUCUCAAAUUAGUCUCGCUUCGAAAUAUCAAUCUUCCGUACUCACGCAACUUCGCCAUUCAGCUGCUACUCGUGAACAGUCUUUUUCAAGUAUAAAUGAUCAUCGUAGUAUGAGUCCUCUAUCAGUUUUAUCAUCGAAACGAAAUGCUACAAGUGCUCAUUCAAAUCACCGUUAUUCUCACCAACAAAAAUAUCAACCAUCAAAAUCGUCAUUAUCCAAUGAAAUCAAUACAGCCAUCAAUGCUCCCGACCCAAUGCCAAGAGAAUCUUCAGCGCCGCCAAGAACCGAACGUGCAAGAAGUACAACUAGUAGUCGUUCAACAUUGCAUAUGCUCAAAACAAAAAAUGAACGUAAACGACAAAAACAACAAGUUGCAUUGAAAACACUUUUAGUCGAUCCGUGGAAACAGAUGCCAUGGAAUGAUGGCAUAUCAGAUGAAACCAUUCCGAAUUCACUUGAUAUCAUGCAUAAAAUGUGUGGGCCAGCAACGCCGUUUGAACGAAAUUUGCGAUAUAAUUAUCAUCGACAAUUAAAUCAAUUACGAAAUAGUUCUGCAAAAUCUUAG